GUGUAAGAUCUCCUGGGCUGGAUCCUCACAAUCUCUUGAAGACUCAGGAGAGCAGCUACAGAGACCACCCAGAGAACAGAGAUGCCACUCAGCAGAGCUCUGAUUUUGGGGGUCCUCGCCCUGACCACCAUGCUCAGCCCCUGUGGAGGUCAAGACGACAUUGAGGCCGACCAUGUAGCCGCCUAUGGUAUAAAUAUGUAUCAGUAUUAUGAAUCCAGAGGCCAGUACACAUUUGAAUUUGAUGGUGACGAGAUAUUCUCUGUGGACUUGGAUAAGAAGGAGAACAUCUGGAGGAUUCCCGAGUUUGGACAACUGACAAGCUUUGACCCCCAAGGUGGACUUCAACAGAUAGCUAUAAUAAAACACAAUUUGGAAAUCCUGAUGAAGAGGUCAAAUUCAACCCCAGCUAUCAACGACGUUCCUGAGGCGACCGUGUUUUCCAAGUCCCCUGUGCUGCUGGGUCAGCCCAACACCCUCAUCUGCUUUGUAGACAACAUCUUUCCUCCUGUGAUCAAUAUCACGUGGUUGAGGAACAGCAAGCCAGUCACAGAAGGCGUUUAUGAGACCAGCUUCCUUAUCAACAGUGACUAUUCCUUCCACAAAUUGUCUUACCUCACCUUCAUCCCUUCCAACGACGACAUUUAUGACUGCAAGGUGGAGCACUGGGGCCUGGACGAGCCGGUUCUAAAACACUGGGAACCUGAGAUUCCAGCCCCCAUGUCAGAGCUGACAGAGACCGUGGUCUGUGCCCUGGGGUUGUCUGUGGGCCUCGUGGGCAUCGUGGUGGGCACCAUCUUCAUCAUUCAAGGCCUGCGGUCAGGUGGCUCCUCCAGACACCCAGGGCCCUUGUGAGUCCCACCCUGGGAAAGAAG